CUAAAGAUUUUACCUCACCGUAGACUACCAUUGGUUUAACUUCCAUACUUGUAAUAAAAAUGGCGCAGGAUAUCGGACCCGAAGUGGUAAUUUCACCUUCUCGUACUGUGUUUCAGGUGCACAAAGGCGUCACCCUUCCAAACCAUGUGCUGCCAGAGGUGAUAGAAGAUCUUCAGUCCUUCAAGUUUCGACCUGAUGACAUCAUCAUAGUCACAUCUCCUAAAUCGGGUACCCACUGGGUCAGUGAGACUACAGGACUUAUCAUGGCGUACGGGGUUUGGGAGAACGUUAAACGAGACACCCUGAAAAACCAUCUCGAGUUUGCUCUAAUCAACAAAGAUGUGUUUGAUGAAAGUAUUCCUUUCGUUUGGUUCUAUAAACAGUUGGACAAGAUGCCUUCACCAAGAAUCAUGUUCACCCAUCUUCCUCUUGAGUUCCUACCACCUGGUGUAUUCGAUGUCAAGGCCAAGAUCAUUUAUUGCGCUAGGAAUCCGAAGGAUACUGUGACUUCUAUGUUUAGAUUUGUGGGACAUGUCACAGAGCUACAAUGCAAAAGCUUUCCAGAAUUUUAUGGUGAAUUCUUCACUGAUCAAUGGCUGUUCGGGGCAUGGGACCGGCACGUUCUCUCUUACUGGAACCUGAAGAAUGAAGACAAUUUUCUCUUCUUAAAAUACGAAGACAUGAAGAAGACUCCUGGCAAGAUCGUCACUCAAAUUUCCGAGUUCAUCGACCACCCAGUCUCAGACGACGUCCGAGACGUGAUCGUCGAGAAGACUUCCAUCGACAAAAUCAAGAAAGAAAUGAAGAGACUGGAAAAAGCGCAAGAAGAGGGUUAUCUUUUCAGCAAGGCAUUCGGCAGAUUCAGCUACUACCAGAAAGGUGUAAUCGGAGACUGGAAGAACUAUUUCACUGUUGCACAGAGUGAUGAAUUUGACAAGGAAAUACACAAGAGACUGGGCGAAUCUGGACUUGAAUUUGAUUAUGAAUAAUUCCAAUUUCCUUGAGCAGUGAUUUUCCUGUUUUCUAUACUCUGUGUCUUUGAUUAGAAAAUAGAUGACAAAUAGUUCUAUUGAUCAAUUACUCUUCGAUCAAUCAAUUAGUAAUCGGAUGUAAUCGGUGUCGAUGCACCAUUCGUUGUAUGUUCUAAAUCAUUGACAACAACUGGUAAAAAUGAAGAAAAGGACAUCAUACCCCCUUUUUAUAGGAAAACAUUUAAGGCUCCAUUUUUUCAUUCAGCUACACGAUUGUGUAUUUAUCUUACUCGGACAUUGAAUCCUAAAGCGAAUGAAGAAAAGCUUAUGAAAGAAAGGACAACUUGGAAUUUCAUUUCAUUUUUUUUUUUUUUUUU